AAAGGUAACAAUCUAGACCCAUGGAGGAUCUGAAUCAACCAACCACCACCACCGCACCCCUGCCGGAGAAAGUUCCUCCGGCAGCCAAGAAAAACCUCUUAAUCCUCCAUUGUAUCCUGUUAUCCAUUGGAAACUGCGGUGGCCCAUUAAUCCUCCGGCUUUACUUCAUCCACCGUGGCCACCGCAUCUGGCUGAUCACCAUCAUUCAGACCGUCGGGUGGCCGUUCAUCCUCAUCAUCCUGAUAAUUCUCUACUUCCACCGCCAUCGUGCUGCCGGAAUUAUCAACAACCGCCCAACAACCUUCAUUUACAUGCGGCGGCGACUGUUCUUCGCGGUGGCAUUCAUCGGAGUUCUCACCGGCAUCGACAACUACCUCUACUCCUAUGGCAUCGCCCAUCUUCCUAUCUCCACCUACGCCCUCAUCAACGCCACCAGACUGGUUUUCAUGGCGGUCUUCGCCUUCAUUCUCGUGAAACAGAAGUUCACGGCGUAUUCUAUCAACGCGGUGGUGCUUCUCACCGUCGGCUCGGCGGUGCUGGCAUUGCAGAGUCGCGAUGACCGCCCUAGUGGGGAGAAGAAACUGGAGUAUGUUAUGGGGUUUGUAAUGACGGUGGCGGCGGCUGCUUUGUACGGACUGGUGUCGCCGUUGGUGGAGGUGACGUACAACAAGGCAAAGCAGGUGAUCACGUAUACACUUGUGCUGGAGGUUCAGAUGAUGAUGUGUCUUUUUGCCACUGUAUUUUGUACAGUUGGAAUGAUCUUCAACAAUGAUUUUAAGGUGAUUUCAAGGGAAGCAGAAGAUUUUGGAGUAGGAAAAAUUAAAUAUUAUGUAAUUUUAAGUGUAAGCGUUGUGUUAUGGCAGUGUUUUUUCUUGGGCGCGAUAGGAGUGAUCUUUUAUGGGUCGUCGUUACUGUUAGGAGUCAUAGUCACUAUCCAAAUUCCAGUGACUGAGAUACUGGCCGUGAUUUUCUACAACGAGAAGUUCAAAACCGAAAAAGGUGUUGCUCUUGUUCUCUCUCUCUGGGGAUUCAUUUCUUAUUUCUAUGGCGAGUAUAAAUACAUGAAACCAGUAAAAGAUGAUGCACAAUCUGUUCGUGAAGUAGUGUAGUGUUAUUACUGUUCUUCUUUCGUAUGAUUGUGGUCGUUAUCGUA